AUGUCAGGGCGUGGGAAGCAGGGAGGCAAGGCUCGUGCCAAGGCUAGAUCGCGGUCAUUUAGAGCCCAGCUUCAGUUCCCAGUUGGUCGAAUCCACCGCCUGCUACGCAAAGGCAACUAUGCCGAGCGCAUCGGGGCUGGUGCACCCGUGUACCUGGCGGCCGUGCUGGAGUACUUGACUGCUGAGAUUCUGGAGUUGGCUGGAAACGCAUCUCGUGACAACAAGAAGACGCGCAUCAUCCCGCGGCACCUGCAGUUGGCCAUCCGCAACGACGAGGAGCUCAACAGGCUUUUGGGCGGUGUGACCAUUGCGCAGGGUGGGGUCCUGCCCAAUAUCCAGCCUGUGUUGUUGCCCAAAAAGACGGAGAACCACCACAAGAGCAAGGGCAAGUAA